AUGGCGUACAUUGCACCGAUUCACCGGCCCAGCAGCAUACGCCAUGCUGUGCGUGCAAGGCUCUUUGACGAUGAAGAGAGCUUGGUGAUAGCGAAGACGAAUCGGCUAGAGAUAUAUAGCCUCGCCGAGAACCAACUGAUCCUCCGCCAUUCCAACGUCAUCAAUGGCACCAUCUCCAUGCUCCAGAAGUUGUCGCCCAAAGACAACACGACAGACCUCCUCUUCGUGGGCACCGAUAGACACCAGCACUUCACUCUCGCGUGGAAUACAGAGACGAGGCAGCUGGAGACAAUACAAUUCAACCAAGAUGCUGGGGAGAAGUUCAUGCGUGACUCGCAAAGUCAGGACAAGUGCGUGGUGGAUCCGACUGGCCGGUUCAUGGCCCUGCACCUAUGGGAGGGAGUCCUGACUGUGGCGCGGUUGCAGUCGAGGGGGAGGAACCUUAACCACAUCGACUGGAUGGAGCAACCACGCCUUUCUGAGCUUUUCAUCAGGGCAAGCACAUUCCUGUACUCCGAGACGGGACAUCCUAAAAUUGCCUUUCUUUACCAGUCACAGGUCGACGCUGCCGACGCAAAGCUUGCCACGUACCGUUUCACCUCCGACGACAAAGAUACCAAAGCAUCAAAUUUUGACCCUCUGAAAGAUCGGGAGAUCUCAAAAGACGUGGCCGACCCGGGAGCUGCCAUUCUCAUACCAGUCCCGAAGGUGGAGGAAGAGAAAAGACACAACUUUCGGCUCACCGAAACCAAUAACGCUAAAGCAUAUCUUGGCGGUCUGCUUGUCGUUGGCGAGACUCGGGUCACCUACAUCGAUGACACGACACACGCAGAGGUUACGGAGCCGUUAAAAGAAGCCUCAAUAUUCGUCGCCUGGGCCGAGUACGACGAGAGACACUACCUGGUGGCGGAUGAUUAUGGGAGGAUGUAUCUGCUCACGAUCCUGACCAAGGGUGUCGAGGUUGAUCGGCUGGAAAUGACUGUCAUUGGUAAAACUUCUCGGGCAAGCUGCCUCGUCUACAUGAACAACUUCCUCUUUGUCGGAUCGCACUACGGCGACUCUCAACUGUGGCGCGUCGAUUUCGAACAGGACUCAGGACGUUUCCUGCAACUGGCUCAAGUCUUUCCUAAUAAUGCGCCCAUACUCGACUUCGCUGUUAUGGAUAUGGGCAACCGCGAAGGCGACAGCCAGCUUGGAAAUGCCUAUUCCUCUGGCCAGGCUCGUGUCGUUACAGGAAGUGGUGUCCACAAAGAUGGUAGCCUGCGUAGCGUGCGAAGCGGUGUCGGACUCGAAGACAUCGGGAUUCUCGGAGAUCUCGAGGACGUCAGAGGACUAUUCUCACUGAAAUCCAGCAGCUCUGGGAAGGUCGAUACACUGGUCGCGUCGUUCCUGACAGAAACACGUGUCUUCAGGUUUGAUCCGACUGGAGACGUUGAAGAAGUGGAAAGUUUCCAAGGUCUGACAUUUAAUGACCACACUCUUCUGGCAGUCGAUCUAGAAAAUGGACGGCGGUUACAGGUGACAACGACCGCUGCGCUGCUCUGCGACAGGGAUAGUGGGAUGGAAAUUGCAUCCUGGAACCCCUCGACACUUGGCGCGACUAUCACAGCAGCCUCGGCAAAUUCAAAGUGGCUGUUAAUAUGUGUGGAUGGCAAAGCGCUAGUAUCCCUCAAUGUUGAGCAGGAUCUUGCGGUCUCGGGACAAAGUCAGAACAGUGAACAAGACCAGGUGGCUUGCGUUCAUGCUUCUCCUCACCUGCUUGACGUUGGAGUGAUCGGCUUCUUCACAUCAGGUAACUUCUCGCUCGUGGAUCUGGCGACAUUGGAACCCCGAAAAGGUGAAUCACUCCGCAGGUCGGAGGACAAUGCCUCGAUCCCUCGGGAUAUCGCUUUAGUCCAAGUCUUACCGCGCAAAGUGGGAGGACCGACGCUCUUCGUGGCGAUGGAAGACGGGAAUGUUGUCACGUAUAACGUGGGAACGGAUUUGUCUUUAAGCGGGCGCAAGAGCGUGAUCUUGGGCACACAACAGGCGCGUUUCCAUUUACUCCCCCAACCAGGCGAUGUCGCAAAUAUUUUCGCAACCACAGAAAACCCGAGUCUCAUCUACGGGUCAGAAGGAAGGAUUGUGUAUUCGGCGGUGACAGCCGAAGAUGCAACAUACGUCUGUUCCUUCGAUACGGAUGCCUAUCCCAACUCAGUGGUUGUGGCAACCGAGUCCACUAUCAGAAUUUCCAAGAUAGACACCGAGAGGAGGACACACGUCAAAUCACUGGAAAUGGGCGAAACGGUCCGCCGGAUCGCGUAUUCUGCGAAAGAGCAGGUAUUCGGACUCGGGUGUAUAAAGCGCGAGCUCAAGAAUGGAGAAGAGUUGGUGUCAAGCUCCUUUAAGCUUGUCGAUGAGGUCGUCUUUGGGAGUGUCGGGAAGCCUUUUGCGCUGGACCAGUCAGCCGGUGAGAUAGUCGAAUGCGUCAUCCGGGCAACACUGCCAGACUCGUACGGAAAUCCAGCCGAGAGGUUCUUGGUAGGCACGGGCUUUCUCCCAGCAGACGACUUCCCGCCACCGACCGACAAUACCAAAGGCCGACUGUUAGUCCUGGGCAUCGACAGUGACAGGAAUCCUUACCUGCUCCUUAGCCACAAGUUUAAGGGUACUUGUAGAUGUCUGGCCGUAAUGGACGACAUGAUUGUGGUUUCCCUGACUAAGACGGUAAUAGUGGGCAAGUACUUUGAAGAGUCUUCUACUUCUGGCAAGCUCCAGCGAGUGGCAUCAUACAGGCCGUCCACAUAUCCUGUGGAUCUUGCUGUCCAAGGAAACAUCAUCGCGGUGGCAGAUAUGAUGAAGUCGAUUAGUCUCAUCGAGUUUGUGCCGGCGAAAGAUGGCAACUCUGCGAUGUUGACGGAGCGCGCACGCCACUACCAGUCGGCAUGGGCUACUGCUGUUUCUCACAUUGAGGACCACUCAUGGCUAGAAGCAGAUGCUCAGGGGAAUCUUAUGGUGCUGAGGAGGAAUCCAGACGGUCCUACACUAGACGAUCAGAGGCGGAUGGAAACAGUCAGCGAGAUGAACUUGGGCGAGAUGGUGAACUGUAUCAGAAAGGUAGCAGUCGAGACCAGUACAAGUGCCAUGAUCGUGCCACAGGCAUUCAUCGGAACGGUCGAGGGCUCUAUCUAUCUCUUCGGAACGGUAGCACCGCACGCGCAGGAUCUUCUCAUGAGAUUUCAGUCCAGGCUCGCGGACAGGAUCAGGACGCCGGGCGAUAUCCCACUGGACAAGUACAGGUCUUUUAGAAACGCUGAGCGAGAGGGUGAUGGCCCAUUCCGAUUUCUCGACGGCGAGGUACUUGAGAGGUUCCUGGAUAUGGACGAAGAGACGCAGCAGGAGGUCUCCCAUGGACUCGGGCCGAGUGUCGAGGAUUUGCGAAAUAUCGUGGAGGAGUUGAAACGCAUGCACUAG